AUGUGUGUGACGUCAUCCGGUACUCUAAAAAUGGCGGAGUCGAAAGAGGAGGUUGACGUGCUGGUCAUGAGAGUAGUCAAAGACAUAACUAAUGCCUUCAAGAGAAACCCUAACAUUGAUGAGAUCGGUGUGAUCCCAUGUCCAGGGGCCCGCUACAACCGCAGUCCUAUUGUGCUGGUGGAGAACAAGCUGGGUGUUGAGAGCUGGUGUGUCAAGUUCCUGCUUCCAUAUGUCCAUAAUAAGCUGCUGCUUUAUCGCCAACGGAAACACUGGCUAGACAGGGAAACUUUAGUGGAUAUCACCUGCACUUUGUUGCUACUUAACCCAGAUUUCACCACUGCCUGGAAUGUCAGGAAGGAGCUGUUGCAGUGUGGAGUUCUUAACCUAGAGAAGGACCUCUACCUGGGCAAGCUGGCCCUCACAAAAUUCCCCAAGAGCCCAGAGACGUGGAUUCACCGACGCUGGGUGCUGCAGCAGAUCCUGCAUCAGUUUUCUGCUGUUGCACGCAGCAGAAAGCAGCACCAUCAGGGUGAAGUAGAGCAAGCUGAUGCAGAGAGAAGCCAACAGCUCAGCGACUAUCUGGCUAGGACACUUCACCAAGAGAUGAAGGUGUGCUCUGAUGCUGCCUGCCGCUAUCCCAGCAACUAUAAUGCUUGGUCUCACCGCAUCUGGGUGUUACAGCACAUGGCUAAGGGCAAUGCUAAGGUUUUCCAUGAUGAACUGUCCUCUAUGCGCCUAUGGGUGUCCAUGCAUGUGUCUGACCACAGUGGUUUCCACUACCGCCAAUUCCUGUUCAAGGAGCUGAUCACUGAGCUGUCCCAGACUCCAGCUUGUACCACCACCAGUUCAUCCAAACAUCAGUCCAACACAGUCCCCAGCAGCAGUUCCCACCAUCACAACCAUGGCCAAGCUAAUGGGGAGCUGUCAGGAGCAGAGGCAGCAGGCGGGGAGGAGAGGUGGCUCCGUUUCACCAAAAUCCUUCAGCUCUUCCACCAGGAGAUGGAGCUGUGCUCAGACUUGAUCCAGUCCUUCCCUGGACACGAGACACUCUGGAGUCACAGGCGGCAUAUCUUCUACUUAUGGCACCAUUUGAGAAGGGAACACCAGCAGCACUGCAGCAGCAAUGGCAGCGUCGAGUCUGUCCACUUCAACAACAGUGAUCCAUGCCUGCCAGAGGUUGGUGCUCAAAGCUGUGCAGGCCAGGGGGUGAGUGUGAAUGGACAGAAGCAUAUUAAUGAACCUAUGGAAGUAGACGCGGCGUCCUUGCCAGACCCACAUGACAGCAAGAGACUGAAGAGAGGCAUCAUGCUGCCUGCCCCCCCAGCCCUGCUCUCUGAGCACAACUUUGUUAGCAGUAUCCUGGACACUUGUGCUAACCCUGAGCAGAGACGCUUUGCCAUGGCAUAUAAGAAGUGGUUAGACACUGUCAUUGGUCAGCAGCCUUGAGAGAGUGAGAGAGAACAAUUAGCCCUGUCUUUUCUUAACAUCGAAGUUGCCUUUAGACAAAGAUUUAGGAUCAGCUUAACCACCUGUAGGGCUGACUUUGACUAACAGAACUUCAGAUGCAGUGGUGACUUUAGAAAGCAGUCAUGGGGCAACCUAGUUACCGUCCUGUCCUCGUCAGAGCGAGUGGAGAAGGUGGGGACGUUCUUCCUCAGAAACAUUUGGAUUCUCUUGAGCUUUAUCUGAGCCAGUACCGUUCAGAAUGGAAAUCUGCACACAUUAGGCCUAUUGACUUGCUGUGUGUCUAUACAUAGAUUCUGCUUACUUCAAGUGUCUCAGUGCCUCAGGUCAAAUUUCCACAUUUUUUUAUUGCCAGCAUGGUGUUCAUUGGGACAUGUGGUUUCAUUUCAUUUAGAUAUUUCAACAAAGAAACUCAGUGAAGCUGCCACAGGAGGUGGCAGGAGGUGAGAGCAGAGCAGAAUUUACACAGUGUGACUAGUUAGAAAUCACUUGUUUCCCUGGUUGUAUGAAAUGUUGAAAUGGCUUAAUAGCUUAAUAGAAAUAGGACAUUAAUGGAGUGAAAUACAUAAAUGACCCAUAAAUUGUAACAUCAUUUAAUAAAUUGUUAAAGCUCUUCCAUUAUUGUGAAGUGUUACUUCAUCAUUCCUAUUUACAAAGUAAGUUUGUUGACAUUUAUUUUGAUUUAAUAAUUUCUUGUUUUUAAGUGAGGGGUGAUUGGUAGCAACAAUUUUGUCAUG